UCAGGUCCUGUUUUGAUUGCAGGAUGCACUGAAGGAAUUCUUGGGUAAACUGGAGGAGAAUGAGAGAAGAUUAACCGAGGUUCAACAGAAACAGAAACGCAACAUCUCCGGAGUGCAAGAGACGUUUGUGACUGAGUUAAAGCACAUUAAGCAGUGCUUCGCUGAGAUGGGCCAGUUCAUGGAGAGAAAGGAGCGAGGUUUGGUGGAAAAACUGGAGGCCAGGUCAGAAACCAUGGCGAAGGACAUGGAAGCGAGACUGGGUGAGAUCCAGGAAGCAUUGUCAUCUGUGACAGCAGAUAUUGUAAAGAGAAAAGAAGAGAUGGUGGAGGAGGAUGAUGUGAAAUUCCUGCAGGGAUUGAGCAGUCUAAAGCUAAGGGGUCUGGAAGACUAUAAGGCACUUGAAGAUACAUCUGAAGACCCCUCGCUGGAAAUAUUGAAAGGCCCUUUGCAGUACAGUGUGUGGCAGGAUCUGGGGAAAGUCAUCAAACCAGGGCUGACCCCGCUGACCUUUGACCCCGAAACGGCCAGCCCAUGGCUCCGUCUGACCCCCGACCUCACCGGCGUGGAGUGGGCUGCCCAGAGGGGCCCGGUGCCCGAAGACGACCCGCGGCGAUACAAUCCGUGCCCGUGCGUCCUGGCAUCGCGGGGCUUUGACUCGGGGUGUCACUACUGGGAGGUGAGGGUGGCAGGCCGCACCAGCUGGACACUGGGAGUGGCAUCUGAGCGAGUGCCCAGGUGGGGGGACAUCCUGCUGUCCCCUCCCAACGGCUACUGGGCCAUGGGCCUGAGGCAGGGCGGCCGGUACACGGCCUUCUCCGUGCCGCUUCGGGAGCUGCGGCCCACCGUUGCCGGUGGCAACCGGCCACGGGUGAUUGGCGUCUACCUGGACUACGGUGGUGGGCGGCUCUCCUUCUAUGACGCCGACGGCCUGCGCCACCUCCACACCUUCCAGGGCUGCCCCUUUGAGGGGAGGCUCUACCCCUUCUUCAGCCUGGGCCACGACCGUGCAGGGGCCUCCCCCUCUGAGCCACUGCGGCUGCUCAACCCACUGGCUGCCCCCGCCCCCAGUGGGGGGGCAGAUGGGGAAGCCUGCCCCUGCGCACAGUGCCAGUCAGGGGAUAGUGCCACUAUCCCUGGCACGGAGGGGGCCCACUUUCCCCAGUGCCCACCUCCCGGGCCGGGCCCUCAGGCCUGGUUGUGCCUGGCACUGCUGUUGGCACUCGGGCUGCUGGCUCCCGGGUGCCUGGCCGAGAGCUACCUGGCCUGCUGUGCCAUAAUGGGGCUUGCGGCCUGGAGCUGGUGCCUGCUGGAUGGCGGUGAGAGCCUGGCAGUGGAGGUUUGCCGGGCCUCCUGCGGGGUUCUGGCCUACGCCGGGCUCUGGUGCCUGGUGCUAGCCUACGCCAGGCACCUUGGGGCCUGUUGCCUAGCACUGAGCCUGGGCGGCUUAAUGCUGGCCCAUAGCACCCGCUCAGGCCUGGCGCUGGCUCCCGGCUCGAUGGCCCUGCUGGGAUUGCUUUGGCUGGCGGACUCAGAGGUGUGGUCCUGGUGGAUAUGCUGUGGCCUAUUGGGAUACGCCGGGCUGUGUCUGACCGUGGCGGGCCACAGGCCCGGGGCCGAGAUCUGCUGGUGGUGCUGCGGUGUCCAUGGCUACUUCGGCCUGUCUGUGUUGCUCCUGAGCGCCCGGCCGCUGACCGGAUUGUGCUGGGUCCUGCUGGGCGCUGCUGGGCUCGUUCUUGGGACAACAGGCCGCUUUGGGAGCCGCUGGCUCUGGGCUGGCACGCUGAGUUACUGCAGCGCCUGGUCCCUCCUUCUGCCCCAUGCUCAGCUGGCUGCGGUCACUCUGGGCAUGGCUGGCUUUGUUUGGUCAAACUGGUCCUACCUCUCACGCUAGACCCUGGCCUUGCCUCCCACGCGCAGCUUGCUUGUCCUCCCAGUGUCCGCGUGGGUUUCCUCUGGGUGCUCCGGUUUCCUCCCGCAGUCCGAAGAUAGGUGGAUUGGCCGUGAACAAUUGCCCCAUAGCGUGCAGGGAUGUGCAGGCUAGGUAGGGGGGCCAUGGGAAAUGCACGAUGCCAGGGAUAGGGUUGGUUUGGGUGGAAUGCCCUUGGGAGGGGCGGGGGGGACGACCCGAUGGGCCAAAUGGCCUGCUUCCACACUGCAGGGAUUCCCCUCCUCCACCACCACCACUAGGAAAGCCCCAACAAGGCCAAUUGAAUUUUCGUCUUAACCCAAUUAUUGCAUAUCUCUAGAGGAGACGGGAUGU